CGAGACUCGGCAGGUUACUCGUAGGUGCUUUACAACAACUUGCACAGCUCAUUCCAGCUUGUUCUGCUGCUAGUCGCUUUGUCGCAUGGCUAUGGCUUACAAGGAUCCAAGCUCUGGCUCCUUGAAGCGCAAGAGAGGGCCUAGAAGGAGGGCGGACAAGCCCCCAAUUUCUGGACAUGCUCACCUCGACAGCAAGCUCAAAGGAGAACUUGGCCUGCUUUCGCAUGAUCUGGCCGAUGACUUGUUCCCCUCCUCAUCUCCAGAUUCUGGAGACAUCCAUCACAUAGCCAUCACUCCUUGGGCCUCGUCUUCCAUCAUCGCCGACGCAGCUACUCAAUGGGUCAUCAUACCAUGCCGAAGACUACCUCGAGGUCACCCCGACCUACCGCGUUCUUCCCUGCGAAUCUCAGUCUUCUCUCAGGUCGCACAAGCUCUUCAACGAUCACUACACAUACAGUCGCCCAAUCGCUCUCUCCGUUCCGGCUCAACCCUCGAGAUCUGUCUCACAGAUGUUGUCGCACUUCCUCUCGACGUUGUUUACGUUUCUUUGGACAUGGCAGCCUUGGAUGGUGCCAAUGGAAACCAGAACAAUAUUGGCAACCCUUCUCUGCGGAUACCCAAGGGUGGAAAAGAAAGACAAACGAAGGCGCCAGCGACAGCCGACAUUGAGCAAGCAACUCGUGCUGUGCGAGACGCUCUAGAUGCGGCACGUAUUCUGAGGGCUGGUGAUAUCUUGCCUCUUGCCCUGUCGCGUUCCCAGCCACGAGCUCCUCAGUCUCCUGCUCUUGUCACGGCUUGCGAACCUGUCUCCCAAGGCCUGGUGACUUCGACAACACAGAUAGUUAUCGUCUCGCAGAACGAUCGCCGUGCGAAAUCAAGCCGUUCAGUGACUUUCUCACAGACUGACGACGACACUUCCAACGAAGCAUUCUAUACUGCCGCUGAAGAUGGCGCACCUUCAUCUUCGAACUCUCCACCUACCGAUGCCGCGCUGGACUCAGACCUCACUUCUGAUGAUGCUCAGUCUGACUUAGGUGACCUGUCAGAUGACCCAGAUGAUAUGAUCUCUCUGAGCUCACCUUCUAUUGGAUCCCAGCCUUCUGGCAUCCUUUCCGCCAGAUCAAGUGCGACCCCAAAGCUCUUUGGAAACUCACGAGGCAUCAACACCCCUGGUUCUGUGUAUUCUUCCAUGACAUCUACAACUAUGAGGGGUGCUCAAGGUGGCCGAACAAAGACCUUCAAGACACAAGGUCUUCUUGAGCGCAUUCCGGACGACUCUCUAUAUCCAAAGCCGGGUUCUCAGUACGAUGAAGAAGCUCGGGUAUAUGUUGAUACAAGUGCUUUGGCAAAACUUGGUUGCUUCUCCGGCGACUGGGUUCAAAUGCAAGUGGCAGAAGACCCCUCUAACGGCAAUUCAUUUAUGGCAUUCUUUCGGGAUCAGGAAAUUGAUGAAGACGCAACAUGGAGACCGGUCAGAAUCUACGGACUGCCCGAGAGUUUGUCGGUGAAACCACAGAAGUACCCACUGAACAGCAGAUCUGGUCGACGCGAUAGUAUUUCUUCUUCUCAUCCUAUCUCUGUUACUCCUGCCACCCUCUACCUAUCCCCGGUCCUGCUAGCCAACCUUGGAGAACCUGGUCAUGUACGGAUAUCUUCCUUGCGGGUUCCUGAUGCCUCUAAUUAUCUACGUCCUGGACAACCGAAAUCGAGACUGCAGGGUUCAUCUUUGCCACCCACAGCUAAGGAAGUCGCUCUUUCGAAACUCUCAACGCCUCUUUCCGAGGCAGCGUCGGCUCAGCCAAGUCUUUUCGCCAGUUUACAAGACUAUUUCAAGCGAAAACAACGCAUUGUGAAGUCUGGUGACCUCAUCGCCAUUCCGAUCGACGAAGCACUGGGAAGAGCGGUCUUCGAAGGAGGCGCCGCAGACGAGGCUAACGACAUACUGAACCAUCUUGAGUCUUCAUCGGUCAGUAGCCAUGUCAAGACACGACCACAUGGUCUAGCAAUCGCAUGGUUCCAAGUUGGUGAGGUAAGUGCGCCUUUGCCCAACGAAGGCCAGGACGCUGAAGAACUCGGACUCUGGGGUGGAGUCGUGACCAUUGAUCCUACGGAAACCAGAAUCAGCUCAGGUGUAAUGCAGAGAAAGCUUCCACCAACGAUAAAUAAUUCAUGGGAAUUCUAUCAUGGAAUCAAGAAGGUCCCAAAGGUAGCUAGUAAUAGCAACGGCAACCUGCAUGCGCCACCUAAGGAUCAUGUACCGCUGUUACAGCGGCGCAUACGUGAGCUUGUUGCCGCUGCGACGAGCGCUCGCGCCGUUCACCUUGGACUUCCACCCCUUGCUAUCCUCUUAACAUCAACCCAACGAAACAUCGGCAAAGCAUAUACAGUUUCUCGUGCUUGUCACGACUUAGGUAUUCACGUAUUCUCGAUUGACGCAUACGACAUAGCUUCAGAAGGGACUGCUGGAGACAACAAGACUGAAGGUGUUCUCCGAGCUAGAGCUGAAAGAGGAUUGCGCAGUGGUGCGCAACACACAUCACUCUUGAUUCGUCAUCUCGAAGCCCUCGGCUCAGAUCGUAUGGCUGGAGCUCUGAAGGAGAUUCUAGCCGAUUGUCGUGUUCUCAUCGCCACCUCGACAGAAGUGGACAAAAUCCCUGAUGACAUUCGUGGCAUUUUUACACAUGAGCUCGAGAUGACGGCUCCAGAUGAAGGGGAGAGAGAAGGCAUUCUGCAGUCCAUCAUCGCAAACUCGGGUCUUGUUGUUUCACCUUUGGUUGACUUGAGCUCUGUUGCUGUCAAGACUGCUGCUCUGGUUGCUGGUGACCUUCUUGACGUAGUAGAACGAGCCGUCCUCAACCAAGCCACCCGCCUUGAGUCUCUGGCUGCUUCCUCUUCUGUAUCUAGCGAAAAGGCUGUUUCCGUCAGGGAUAUUCAUCUAGCCGGCGGAGAUGCAGCCACGUCGCUCACAUCUGCAGACUUCGAGAAGGCUGUUGAUGACGCCAGAAAAAACUUUGCAGACUCGAUUGGCGCGCCAAAGAUUCCUAAUGUGCAAUGGUCAGAUGUUGGAGGUCUGGCUAAUGUAAAGGAGGCCGUUAUCGAGACUAUCCAGUUGCCACUCUCGCGUCCAGAACUAUUCGCUAAGGGUCUGAAGAAGCGUAGUGGUAUUCUGUUCUAUGGUCCACCAGGAACCGGAAAGACUUUGCUAGCAAAGGCAAUUGCAACUGAGUUCAGUCUCAAUUUCUUCUCCGUAAAGGGUCCAGAAUUACUCAACAUGUAUAUAGGUGAGUCUGAAGCCAACGUCAGGCGAGUCUUCCAGAGAGCCAGGGAUGCCAGACCUUGUUGCGUUUUCUUCGACGAGCUUGACUCAGUCGCCCCGAAGCGUGGCAAUCAAGGCGACAGUGGCGGUGUAAUGGAUCGUAUUGUCAGUCAGCUUCUCGCUGAGCUGGAUGGCAUGAGCGACGGAGAUGAAGGCGGCGGUGGUGUCUUCGUCAUCGGUGCCACCAACAGACCCGAUUUGCUUGACCAAGCAUUGCUACGUCCUGGCCGUUUCGACAAAAUGCUGUAUCUGGGUAUCAGUGAUACUCACGAAAAGCAACAGAAGAUUCUGGAAGCUCUUUCGAGAAAAUUCACCCUCGACCCAGACCUUGAUCUCGGUCGUGUGGCCGAGAAGCUACCGUUCACAUACACAGGUGCCGAUUUGUAUGCUCUCUGUUCUGACGCUAUGCUCAAAGCCAUUACUCGUUCUGCCCGACUUGUGGACACUAGAGUGACUGAGAUCAAUGAUGAGAGGAGAAAUCGUUCCCCAUCUCAGCCUCCUAUUUCCGUGGCUUACUUCUUCGAUCAUUUCGCCACUGACACAGACACCAGUGUUGUCGUGGCCGAGGAAGACUUCAUGGCAGCUGAGCGUGAGCUUGUUCCCAGUGUCAGCGCUGACGAACUAGGCCAUUACGAACGCGUGCGUCAGGAGUUUGAAGGCGGCAAGGACAAAGAAGACAAACCAUCACAACAGACGAACGGCACAGAUAGGAACGCUGUAGCCAGAAGCCAAAUUGCACAGAUGUUGCGUAUGCAGAUGCAAAGAGUCAACUCGGAAACUGGGGGCAGCAUAAAGGGCAAAGGGAAGGAGAUCGAUGGGGAAGUCACCGACCUUGUUGACGAAGAUUUUAUCAUCAGGACUGAUCAUUUGUCUGUGAAUGGAUCUGGCAAAGGCAACGGCAAAGGCAAGGGGAAAGCAAGAGCUGAGUCUCCAAAUGGCGCACAGUUCGGGGAUGCGGCUGGUGAUGACGAGGACAUGUACGCAUGAGACUUUCGCAUUUAGCAAGCUGACAUGAAUGACAACGAAUACUACGCACCUGGAC